AUAUCUCUAUGUGACGUUCGGCGGGCUGCCAGUUGGCCCCGCCGCGAGCUGCUACAUCCAUUAGUCCCGCACGAUGAGCCGGGCCGAGGGUCACGAUGACCCAUAGGCCGGUAUUCGUGGAUGUUAAAGAGGAAGCCAUGCAGAUGGUUAUGUGUGCAUAUUUAUUGUUGGGCCAUGUGGCCGUUACCAUGCUUAUUGCGCAGCUGAAAUCACUCGACGCGCUCGAGUGAAAUGAUUAAAAGACGCUCGGCCCGAGUCUUGAAGACGUUCAGGGCCAGCUAAAGAGGAGACCAUCACGGCGGAGGACCGUGAGACGAGCAUCUCCACCCCAGAGACCGAUGGCCUAGGAGAGAACACCUAGAGGCCGAGGGUCUAUAGUGGACUACCACGGCGGAGGACCGUGAGACGAGCAUCUCCACUCCAGAGACCGAUGGCCUAGGAGAGAACACCUAGAGGCCGAGGACUAUAGUGGACUACCACGGCGGAGGACCGUGAGACGAUCAUCCAUCAUUCAGAGGCCGAGGGCCUAGAGGAGACCAUCACGGCCGAGGGCCGUGAGACCAUCCUGAUUUUCAGGUCGGCCUCUCAUCGCCGACAUUAUCAUACCACGACCGGCCCCUCGGCUCGGCGUGUUCAUCUUUUGAAGACCGGCCUCGUCCCCGCGCUGCGCGGAUGAGGACCGUUGCUUGGUUCUUUCAUGUCGGCCUCUCAUUGCCGACACCGUCGUACCACGACCGGCCUCUCGGCUUGGCGUGCCUAUCUUUUGAAGACCGGCCUCGUCCCCGCACUGCGCCGAUGAGAGCCGUUGCUGGAUUGCAGGUCGACCCUCAUUGCCGACACUGCCACAUCAUGUUCGGCCUCUCAUCGCCGACAUCAUUAUAUCACAACCGGCCUCUCGGACCGGCGUGAUUACCAUAUUCGAAGACCGGCCUCGUCCCCGCCACCUCGCGGACGAGGACCGUUGCUUGACCAUAUCUUGAUCGGCAUCUCAUUGCCGACAUUAUCAUACCACGACCGGCCCCUCGGCUCGGCGUGUUCAUAUUUGAAGACCGGCCUCGUCCCCGCACUGCGCGGAUGAGGACCGUUGCUUGUUUUCUCAGAUCGGCCUCUCAUUGCCGAUAUCGUCAUAUCAUGACCGGCCCCUCGGCUCGGCGUGUUCAUAUUUGAAGACCGGCCUCGUCCCCGCACUGCGCGGAUGAGGACCGUUGCUUGUUUUCUCAGAUCGGCCUCUCAUUGCCGAUAUCGUCAUAUCAUGACCGGCCUCUCGGCAUGGCGUGAUUAUCAUAUUUGAAGACCGGCCUCGUCCCCGCCCUCGCGGACGAGGACCGUGCCUGAUUUUCUCAGAUCGGCCGCUCAUUGCCGACACCAUUAUACCACGACCGGCCUCUCGGCUCGGCGUGCUUAUCUCUUGAAGACCGGCCUCGUCCCCGCCACCCCGCGGACGAGGACCGUUGUUUGAUUCUUUCGGGUCGGCCUCUCACUGCCGACACUAUCAUGUUAUGUUCGGCCUCUCGGCACGACAUAUUUAUCUUUUGAAGACCGGUUUCAUCCCCGCGCUGCGUUGGAUGAGAGCCGUUGCUCGGAUAUAUCGGCCUGACUGGACACUAUUGCCAUCUCCAUUAUCAGGACCGACUGCUCAGCGAUAUUAUGAUCAUUGUAUAUCGGCUCCCAAUGCCGACCUUCUUGAGUUAGCGAUCGGGCUCACCCCUCCCCUCCAGGAGGGUGACCAUCGCCUUCGCAUGACGACCAGCUAUUCCGUCGCCUCGUCAUUUUAUUCGUUUUGGUAUGCCACUACCAUUAUGUGUGACAUCCCGUGAUCCCUGCGAGUUUCUUGGAUACCGAAUGUCUUCCUCGAAGUAGGGACGCCGGUAGGACCAAGGACCAAGGACGAACGAAGCACCAGGGAAUCUCGAUGCAGAUAAACCUGUUCCUCCUUGUGAUGUCUGCGGAUACCGAACGUCUCCUCGAAGUAGGGACGCCGGUAGGACCAAGGACCAAGGACGAACGAAGCACCAGGGAAUCUCGAUGCAGAUAAACCUGUUCCUCCUUGUGAUGUCUGCGGAUACCGAACGUCUCCUCGAAGUAGGGACGCCGGUAGGACCAAGGACCAAGGACGAACGAAGCACCAGGGAAUCUCGAUGCAGAUAAACCUGUUCCUCAUUGAGAUGUCCGCGGAUACCGAACGUCUCCUCGAAGUAGGAACGCCGGUAGGACCAAGGACCAAUGACGAACGAAGAGUAUAGAUUGCCUCCCUCAAAAAAAAAAAAAAAAAAAAAAAAAAAAAAGAAGAUGGGGAGAAGAGGAGGGUAGCUCCUAUGUGGAAGGGAAUCUUGCCCGGGUGUGCCAGAUCUUCUCCCACCGCCGAAGGCGAACGCCUCUCGAUGUAGAGGUUAGUAGAGACGCGGAGGGGGCUAGACGAACCAAGGGAGCCUUGCCAAGAUAAACCUGUUCAUCCCACAAUGACCAUGGAUCGAUGGACGUGGGAUAACAAAGACGGGAACCCGUGAGGGUAAACCAGUUCGUCCCUGCGAGUUCCUUGGGUACCGAACGUCUUCUUCGAUGCAAGAGACGCCGGUAAGACUAAAAGGACCAGGGACGAACGAAAAAGGGGGAAUCUCGAUGUAGAUAUACCUGUUCCUCAUUGCGAUGUCCGCGGAUACCGAACGUCUCUUCGAUGUAAGAACGCCGGUAGGACCAAGGACCAAUGACGAACGAAGACUAAAAGACUCCAAAAAAAAAAAAAAAAAAAAAAAAAAAAAAAAAAAAAAAAAAAAAAAAAAAAAAAAGAUGCCAGAAGAGCACGGAGCAAAGAAUGAUUUUAUCCCUUGGCACUAUUGGCUGUGAAGUACAAACUGAAAAACAUAUGUAAAGAAUAAUUACAAGACUUAAGUACGAAGAAUGAAGUGGCCGACGACGAUCGGCUAACAUCAGGCUUUCUUUUGCCUCGAACGACAAUUAGCUCCCCAGAUCAGGUAGAAGGGACAUCGCCCAGAUUUAUUUCAGGCUCACCAUUCCUUCCCGGAUGGAGUCCUGGCAGACGAUCGGCUUCUCACAGCCAAUCAGGAGAGAGACUUGACACAUCACCAGCACGGCCGAGGGCCGUGGGACGAUUACCACUCACCGACAGGCCGAGGGCCAUGAGAUGAUCAUCACUAUUUUCUGUAUCACGAUCGGCCCCUCAGCGCCAUCGUGUCCAGACUCACGGUUCGGCUCGCCCUUUCCCUCCAGGAUGGCGACGACCGUCUUAUGCAGCACGAUCGGCUUCUCAGCGCCAUCGUGUCUCUUUCACGUUCGGAUCGCGCAUCUCUUCCAGGAUGGCGACGGACGUCUUAUGCGGUACGAUCGGCCCCUCAGCGCCAUCGUACCUGGAUUCACGGUUCGGCUCGCCCAUUCCCUCCAGGAUGGCGACGACCGUCUUAUGCAGCACGAUCGGCUUCUCAGCGCCAUCGUGUCUCUUUCACGUUCGGAUCGCGCAUCUCUUCCAGGAUGGCGACGGACGUCUUAUGCGGUACGAUCGGCCCCUCAGCGCCAUCGUACCUGGCUUCACGGUUCGGCUCGCCCAUUCCCUCCAGGAUGGCGACGACCGUCUUAUGCAGCACGAUCGGCUUCUCAGCGCCAUCGUGUCUCUUUCACGUUCGGAUCGCGCAUCUCUUCCAGGAUGGCGACGGACGUCUUAUGCGGUACGAUCGGCCCCUCAGCGCCAUCGUACCUGGAUUCACGGUUCGGCUCGCCCAUUCCCUCCAGGAUGGCGACGACCGUCUUAUGCAGCACGAUCGGCUUCUCAGCGCCAUCGUGUCUCUUUCACGUUCGGAUCGCGCAUCUCUUCCAGGAUGGCGACAGACGUCUUAUGCGGUACGAUCGGCC